UUUGAAACCCCCCGGCAUUCCACAGAUCCACCGGCCAGCGCAAAAGGGGGGCCAAAUGGGCGAUAGGAAUCACGUGUUAUGGUGUGAGUCACGUGUUAUGGUUUGUGCAGCACUCCGUCAUGUUCGGCUGUUUCCGGAUCAGGUGAGACUACGCUAGUCCCAGAAUAGAUAGAAUCACCGCACCCGGACGACCGACCGCCUUCUUCUUUGGAAAGUCCCUCCAGUUCAGUCAGACCACGAGAAGACCAAAACCGUCUGUUUACAGCUAGCUUGGCCAUCCGUUAUCAUCAUUCCCAUCCUGCAACUGUUCUGAUUGCCUGUUUUCAUAUAAUCUGUGAAGCUAGGAUUGUCUGAUAGGGGUCGACUCGCCUGCAACGAUGUCUCCGGACAUCAAUUCCCUGCCCCCAUCUCGCUCGGCAUCUGCUUCCCCACGCCAACGACGCACACUCUCCAGUCUAUUGGACGCUCUCGCUCCCACCCAGCCUCUACCGGUUUCUUCGGCCGGGUCUUCAAACUCGACUCACAACAACAGUAACAACCACCACUACAACAGUAACACCACAAUUACUGACCUCCCGCGGCGCCAUCACCCAAUAGCCAUGUCAGAGCGCCGCCGAUCUGGAAACCUGAACCUCAACAGUAGCAACGAUAGCUAUAGUGAGUCGGGUGGCGUAGACAUCCCGUCGCCCUCUGAUCAUCGGCCUUCCAUCGGCCACGGACUUCGCAACUCCAGCCCCUCCAACCUCGGCGGUAGUCCCGUUAUUGGCACGGGUGAUCCCCAUCAUCAGCGUACUCCUUCACUUGGGGAGUUGCAUCAGGAGCUUGAACAAGAACAGGAAGCGCAAGUGAACCGGCUUCUACAAACUAUCCGGUCCCAACAGGUUCGGCUUCAGCAUUUUGAACACCAGAACCAGCAAUCUGCAAUUGACGAUGCUCCUCUCUCCUCGGAGCGCCCCACGUCAUCUUUCCCUCCAGCUGCAGCUCUCUCUACUGCUGGUAGCAGAACUUCAACCCAGUUGACCUCUUCUUUGUCAAGUCGCCGUCCGAGUCAGGCACAUUCUCCUAACCUUCGCCCGGCCGACUCAUCCCGUGGCUCGGACGCUUCAGAGUGGGUCCCGGCCCCCGGUGAGAGUGCAGGACGGCGGGGUAGCCGAGACGGAAGUAGCUUCUACCACGCCGAAGCCACGGCUCUCGCAAGAGAAAAUCAGAUGCUACGGCAGCGCGUUCGAGAGCUAGAACGCCAAGUGAGCGAGCUGAACACAAGCUUAAUGGCCUCUUCUCAAACGCCCGAUGAGGCGAAUGUUGGAGUACCCCAGGUCGCAGCGGGAGCGGGAUCUGAUGGCGAGGCGUCAGACAAAACAUGAUUGGCUGGAUGCAUUAAUCUGCAAAGGGUAUUUGGAUUGCCCGACUCUCGAGCCAUGAAUGGAUCGGCAUUUGUCAACUUGGACAUAUUCGAAAAUCGAAACUCACCGCAAGCACUUAGUAGUAUUAGUCUACUCUGUGAAAAAAAA